AUGGCCGCGACUGUCACUGUUCCAUCGCCUUCGCUCUUGCUGCGAUCGCCGGGCCCUACUCCACAAAUCAUCGCGACCGGGUCCAAGAUCGUGCCUCCACCACCUCCACCACCACAAGCACCACAAGCACCACUCUCUGCGAGCAAAGAGGCCCCGAAAGCGUCGCAAACCAAUGGCGUGGCCAAGAGGAAGCAGUCUAAGAGCCGUAAUGGAUGCAUUACCUGCAAAGCAAAGCGUUUGAAAUGCGACGAGACGAAACCCACCUGCCAGCAGUGUGCAAAACGGGCAGUGGCGUGCGGAGGCUACAAGAAGGACUUCAAAUGGCGCCCAUUCGAGGAACCCAAUAUCCCCGGGAAGCCACCUGCAAAGUCACGCAAAGCCUCACGCUCUCAGAAUGAUCUUUGGCAAUUCUCUGACAACAUAGACGGUGGAACUACCCCGACUUCCGCACCUUUCGACUUCCCUCACCCUGCCAGUUUUCACGAGCCUCAAUAUGCCUUCUCCAAUCAAGCCCAGACCGCCUACUAUCCGCCGACGCCCAUCUCAUACCCCGCCCUACAUGGCCUCCCACUACAAACAUCGUUUCCGUCGACAUCGUUCCCGCCAGGGCCCAUAUAUCCCGGCCAGCAGUCGUCAGCUUUCAACAUGGCCCCUCACUCGACUUCACCAGUCGAUUCCUAUCCGCCGAGCUCGCUCGGAGGACCACAAAGUUUGUUCAGAGAGGACAGCAUCAACACAAUGCAUACCAAGACUACUACGGCUUCAAGCGUAUCCUCUGGACAGUCGCCACGCCUUGUAGACCUUCUGUUACCAGGCACAAAUCUCAAUGUACCACCAGAGGAAUACUCGUCGUUUCUCUCCCGACAUGAAGCAUUCUACCAGCCCACUGGCCUGACCCCGCCGGCACCCAUGGACGAAGACAUCGAGGAGAUACCCCGCAGCGUCAACAUCGAUCCAGAAGCUUGGGUCAUGCGCUUACCCUCGCCAGCACCCUCAAGUUCCUCAGGCUCGUCCCCCGACUCGCCAGAUUUCAAGAUUCUGAGCCAACCGCAGUUCUCCCUUACUUCGCCAGAAUCCCUCACCCGGCGGUACGAUAGAGAUACGUGUGGCAUACUCUCCGUAAAAGAUGGUCCCACAGAGAAUCCAUGGCGAACCCUAGUGUGGCCCCUCACGCGCGACUGCCCGGCGCUUUAUCAUGCAAUCGCCUCCAUGACGUCGUUCCACCAGUCGACGGUAAUGCCCGCUCUGCGCAUCCAAGGGAUUGACCACAUGCGGAAUGCCGUUCAUGCAUUAGCGGCGGGGCUGCAAAACAUGCGAUUCGAUGCAGCCAUCUCGACAACACUUGUGCUCGCCUUCUCCGAAUCCUGGGACCAGCAUAUCAGCACAGGGAUCGACCAUAUCAAGGGCGCCAAAAUAUUGAUCAACCAGGCCCUUGUGCAACAUCGUCAAACGCCAAAGCUGGGCGAGGACUGGACUCGUCUGAAGUUUCUCUGCAACACCUGGAUUUAUAUGGACGUGAUCGCUCGUCUGACUUCUGCCGAUGAUGAUGAAUCAAACGACGUUGAUGCUGUUCAUGAAAGCAUCUACGCGACAGGCGAAACGGAGACGACUCUUGAUCCUCUAAUGGGAUGUGCAAACACACUGUUCCCCAUCAUAGGCCGCGUGGCAAACCUGGUCAGGAAAGUUCGAAGAUCGAAAAGUAACGGACCAAGCAUAAUAUCACAGGCAAUGCAGCUCAAGUCGCAAAUUGAGGAAUGGACGCCACCCUCAUUCAUUGUAGAUCCCGAAGAUGAGACAACCAGCCCGCAUGAUUCUGUCAAGACUGCCGUUGCAUAUCAGUAUGCAACACUGCUCUACUUGCAUCAGGCCGUUCCCGAAAUACCAUCGCAGUCAGCAAGCGUCCUUGCCAAGAGGGCACUUUGCGAAUUGGCUACUGUUGAGCCACGCUCUCGCUCCGUCAUUGUGCACAUUUACCCUCUCAUGGCUGCAGGCUGCGAAGUAAUGGAUCAGGAAGACCGCAACUGGGUCAAAGAACGCUGGGGCCUCAUGUCAUCGCGGAUGAAACUCGGCAUCCUAGAAAAAUGCUUAGAAGUUACCAAGGAGGUUUGGGCACGCCGCGAUGCCAACGCAGCCGAGCGAACGGUCAUGGACAGUAUGCGGGACGAUAGCUUCUCGCCCGAUCCACCGCUCAAACGUGAUUUCGAAGCAUUCUUCGAAGACUUCGAACCUGAUAGCGAAUUCUGCUGGCCUGAUGGAGGGUCUAAGCGUAGGGCGCUUGAUGCCAAGUCAGCCCAUACAAUUCCACUGUCUAUUCCGGUUCCAGAGGAAUCAGCUAGAAAGACGCAAACCUCGAAUUCGAGCAUGGAAAACUUGGACUAUGACCUUACAGUCAAAGGCCGGUUGCACUGGCUGGGCGUGAUGAAGGAUUGGAACUGGGAAGUGCUCCUUGGAUAA